UUUUCAUUUUAAUUUUAUUUUUUCUUUUAAGUGAUAAUUUUGUUUGUUUUUGUGCUCCUGUAUUUUAAGGUAGCUACAGGGAAGUUUUGCUUUACACUUGAAAAAACAAAGUUUACAUACUGCAAGGAAGAGCACACAAAAAGAAAGAAGAGGAAAAUUUAUUAAAAGCUCUUUUUCUGUCGAUUCCACAAACACUAUUUUCCUCUGUCAAACUGUGCGGUUGAGCUACUUGCUUCGUGUAUGCACAGAAGAAAUAACGUCUUUCGCCUCAAACAACCGUAAAUCAUUGAAACACAAAAAAAAUCGGAGAACGAGGAACAAGGAAGGAAGAUAAAAAAAGAACUUUGAGUGCUGAAAAUGGUUUUGUCCAAAAUGUAUUGUUCUGAACAAAUAGUUAUUCCAGAAAAAAUUUCAAAUUUAUUGAAAACAUAUGCGAAAGCUGCACUGAAAACUCAGCCGUACGAUUUAUUACGAUGGUCAGCUGCCUAUUUUCGAUGCUUAUCAAUGGAUAUAAUGCCACCAGUAAAGCUUCGUUAUGAACAAGAGAGUAUGCUUGGAUAUCUGACGAAAGGAUACAUAAAAGUUCUGUUGAAUCAGGUUGGGAAAGGAUUUUAUGUGCAACGAGACAUUUUAGAUCAUCGUUGGAAUGAAUUAUGUUUGCCGGAGGAUGAAAUGCUGAAAUUUUUGUCCCUGACCCGAAUGCUUUAUUGGCCUCAGGUACAUUGGCUCAAAUUGAUGUCUGUGAUGGUUGGAUCAAUUAAUCAGAGCUUUCAAGAGACAUUAAUGAUGCUCUUUGAACUAUUAACGGAUGAGCCCGAAGGCGGUUCAUCUCCAGUUCCAUUAUGGAGUAUACGUGAAUGCUUUAAAUAUCUCGCUGAAAUGGAUUGUUCUGAAGAGCAAACAUACUUUGAUGGUCGUAAAGUGCUAGCUGGAAAUGCAUUGGAUGAUGAAUUAAAAAUGCCACAAAUACCACAGAAAUUGUCAUCGACUUCAUUUCGAAAUGCAGUUAUCGAUUAUUGGAAGUAUCGUAUUGAGAACGAACAGAAGGUUAGAUCACAACAAGAGGAAGAUACAACAGCAGCAGCAAGAGCAUCAUCUCAACCAUCUACCCCGGCAGUACACGAAAAAGAUAACUUAAAUUCCGAUAAACUUUGCAAUUUAUGCUCAAUUCCAUCAACAUUACGUUGCGGCAGUGAUUUUCGUUUAACGGGUGAAUACAAAGAUCCAAUGAAUGUCAUUAAAGGCACAAAUAGCUUUAAUGAUGUUAUUAUGAUUGUUAAGCAACUAAAAUGUGACGAUGAGGAUGACGAUGAUUAUGAAAAAAUUUCGAAACGUGAUGCAAAAGUCAAUGAAAUGCGGCAAAAUGCAGCACAAUCAUUAGAGGAUGAGGCAAAAAAUGCAUUGGAACGUGAGUGUUGCGGACUGAUGAGAGAUAUUGGUCCACCAUGGAACUGGCUUCAUAAUUUUACAUCUCAUAAUUGCUACAAAAAGUCGUAUAAUUUUAUUGAACAAAUUUCUAUCUCAUCGGACAUGACACUGGACGAUGAUGAUAAUGUUGAGAGUACAGAUGAGAGUUUAAACAUGUCCGAGAUGGCUGUCGUUACAGAGAAACAACUUCCAACAUCAGCCACAUCGUUUUUUGACGAUGUGCAAUCAUCAACAUCGGGUGUUUCUAUAACACAAGAGGAAAGUAAACUAACAAGCUCGCCGUCGAAUGAGCAUAAAGUACUUGUUGAUACAAUUUGCAAUUUAAGUGAAGCAAUAGAAUGUGGUGAAUGUAUUAUCCGGGAAACAUCCUCGAUAGCAUCAGUGCUUAGUUCACAGCAUGAGAAGAAGCAACUGGAGACUGUUGACUAUGAACGCCUGAAGAAGUUUAUUGAUCGUGCUAUGGAGAAUGGACUUAUUUUUAAUGAUCUUAAUGAACUAUAUAAUUACUUUAUACAAGAAUCAUCACGCGAGCAUUAUAUGAAGCAACGUCAAAAGGAUGUUGAUGGGGAUGCGGAAGCAGAGAAUUUAAUUUUACCAUCAACAUCAUUAAGUGCUGGAAAAAAGCAUAAGCGAAAGGAAACGGAAGCAGUGAAAAGUAAUGAAAAUGUUACUACUGAUGGAAAAAAUGUUGUUUCAAUAUUUGGUGAAAGUGGAAUUGAGGUCGAUAAUAAGCUACUCGAUGCAAAAGUAUCCGAGCGUAUGAUACUUGGUCUUGUUGAUAAAACACAAAGUGAUAUAUCUGAUAUAUCUGAUGCUGCAUCAUCAAAUGCUUCCAUGUCGUCACUCAGUAAUGCCGAGACAGUCAAAAUGAAAGAGAAUAUUAAUGUGACACGUGAAAAGGACACGCAAACGAUGUCAUAUCAAGAGCGUAUACAUGAGAGUCGUAUGCAAAGUGGACAACGAAAAUCAGCAACGUUCAUCGAGCAGCGUCAACCAUUUACAUGUAAAAUACCAAAAUUACCUGGCAUCGGAGCACGACUUAGUGAUGAACGCAUUGAUAAAAUCCUCAAAUUCAUAACUCAUCGAUCAUUUCAGCAAGGUGGUUUUGUGUAUCCAAGAAAUUUUCUUGAAGAUGAUUGCCCAAGUUUGAUAGAAAAUUAAAUUAAAAACGAAGAAGACAAGUGUCGAAGAGAGAAUGAUGAAUCAGCAUAAAAACCAAAUCUUUUUACACUUUAUGGCUUAUUAACGAACGAAAGAGAAUCGCUUCUUCUUUUGUGUCGAGAGAAAGAAAAUUUUGUGU